CCGCAGCCGCUGUGGCAUUUAGCCCGAGCACUUUCCGUUGACUGCAUCAGAGUAAAUAUCGUUGCUGGAUUCCACGGCUCACAUUGCCCUGGCCUUGUGUGCAGUUUAUGCGAAAAGACUCGCAUCUUGGGAUAGCUUCUGGGAACAUCAUAACAACAGCGUGUCGGUAACAUAAGGCGUCUGUGCGGUGUCGUGGGUAGCCAUGCUUUACAAGCCAUGAUGACGAAAGUGUUCAACAUUCUCAAUCAACAAGCAUGGACCACUCCCAAUAACAAUCGGCGUGACAACGAGAUUAUCGCCUCGGUGAUUGCACACGGCACUUGUCGAUGGCUAAACAGAAUGCCGCACUCACUAAAAUUAAACCAGCGCUGAACCUCGAAGAAGUGGCAAGGCUGGAACUUGGUGAAACACCUGAAACCAAAGCUGAGUCCUUGUCACGGCUACGUCAACUGUUAGCAGGGGAGCCAUCCUUGAAGUUUCCUUGGAGCGAUGACUUUCUUGUCAUGUUUCUGCGGGCCCGAAAAUACAGAGUAGAAGAGGCCUUCCAAGUGAUAAAAAACUACUUCCGCGUGCGACGAGAUGUACCGGAGUUUUUUAACGACCUUGUCCCGCAGAAAGUUCCCUUCAGGACAAUUUGCCACGACCACAAACUCCUGAUGCUAUCGCCUGAACCAGGCGAGUACGGCCGGUGCAUGGGAGUCUUCAAGGUAGGUGCUUGGAACCCUGCCAUCUGCAGCCUUGUGGACUUUACCAGAGCAGUGCUUCUGUUGACCAGCAGCUGGCUCCUUGAAGAUUUUCCAUCCAUAUGUGGGGCCGUGGGCGUCAUCGACAUGAAGGGACUCAACAUCCAUCACCUGGCGCAGCUCACACCGUCGUACCUGAUGAAAGUUGCUAAUCUUAUGCAGGACUGCUGUCCCGUACGUAUCAAGGCUGUCUACAUAAUAAACCACCCAAAAAUCUUUCAAGUCAUCUUUGCAACGAUCAAGCCGUUCCUGCGCAGUAAGCUGCUAAGCAGAGUCUACUUCGUUGGACACGAAGAUUCUGAGUUUUGGGACCACUUUCCUCGCGACCUGGUACCAUCGGAAUUCGGCGGCAGGCGUGAGCACUUCGAUUACGAUCGUCAAGAGCAGUUUGUGCACAGCAAAAGCGACUUCUUUGAAACCUUGUGCGCCUGCGGAUACAAAAAGAAUAAAACCUGACAAGAGAAAGAUAAUUCGCUGCCAGACAUUGAA